UGGAACAUGACAUUGUAAACCGGUUCCACACCGGACAUUCGGGAUCAUUCUCGUUAGCUUCAGAAGCUACCAAAUAGAACAUUAUGAUCGCAUGCGACGUUGCAUGUGCCACAGGGCCAGCCCACUACUGGUUGGCUAGUUUACGAUUUUAACCUCUUAAUCUUUCCGAGGCAAAUCCACAUGCAUUGAUAACGAACUCAAUAAAGUCUUUAUAUAAACGAAAACUCGACACUUGUACGAACAUUUAUUAACAAUUAACCGAAGAGUCAGAAGUGAUUGGUAUGUUCAACGAGUUCAAAAUGAACUUCAAACAAAUUCUGCUAGUGAGUUGUCUUUUGGCUGUGGUUUCGGCUCGUUGCAAUCAUUGCGAGAGAUAUAGUAGUAAAAGCAGUUAUCGACAGAGACACGUUCAUCAUUGGCACCAUCACGAUCCUUUCGUUCACUUCGAAGUUCAGGAGCCGAAAGGUUUAACGGUGUCCAUAGUGCGACGAUCUCCCAAUACCACAUUAUUCGGAAUAGAGUUGUAUGUCAACCGUAGUCCUAAGCAAUCAAACGAAAAUCACUGCGAUGUUUGCCAAAAUACCACGUCAAUCACAUUCGGAAAGUUCAUCAUUAAUGAUGAGGAGGUACUGAUCAAGAAGGGAGAUGUACUGUAUUACCAUGUGCUACUAGGGAUUAGCACCAACGUUACUCGUCUACAUCUACAAAAAAUGACGGUUACUGCCUCAACCAUCAAUCGAUGCAACUGUAAAGCAAAAUCAAUUCCUCAAGUUCAACCCAAAACUAAUCCUGGUUCGUCUGAUCGUCGUCCAGCAGUUGGAGUAAGACCAACAGCUGCAGAUUCGCAGACUUCGAAAUAUCCUUUCAUUGUAGCCGAUGAUCAGCUGAAUGAAGUAAGCUCUGAGGAACAGUCUCCAUUCGGGUGCGAUGUAGACCCAGUCACUCACCAGUGCCGCAUUGAGACGAAAAACGAUAAACAUCACACUAGUCACGAUCUUGAACGAGAGGUGGAAAUCCUGGAAGCAAUCGUUGAGCAAAUGAGAAAGAUAAUUUGUGCAUCACGUAACACCACUAACAUGAUUCGUUUGGAAAGUGCAAGUUUGUCAACCAAAAAUAUGGACCAGCAGAAGAGUGUUAUUCGAUCAGCGUUUUCGGUCAACCCGGAAAUGAAGGAUAUGAUUAGCCACAUAAGGCGUGUCCUGCCGGAUGGACGAUCUUCAAACGCGGUUCAUUUAGAUAUGUACAGUUAUGUAGACAAACAAAAAGUAUUGUAUCAUGCGCGGAUGAACAACCUCAACCACAUAAGUGAUUAUGAUUCGCGGCAGCUUGAGUAAUCGAUUGGUAGGAUUCGAGCUCAACCAUAGGAUCAUAUUGCUGACAAUAUGGGUCGUGAAACAAUAAAAUAAAUCACAUUUAA